AUGGUAAUUGUAUUUAGAGGAUCAGAAGUCCUUGAAAAUGGGGUAUUAUAUCUUUUAUAUAAAGCUUGCCGUAUUUUAAAGCAGUGUGGAGUCGAAUUUGUUACCAUUUUUGAGCCAAAUGGAAUAGUUGAAAGUAAAUUAUCUUCCUUACUUAAUAGAGAAGAUGAGAUUCCAGAUAAUCUACGCUUCUUAUCAGGCAGUGACUCUUCACAAGAUUUUCUAAAUAAGAUUCAAAGAAUUGUAAAAGAAAAACAUGCCUCUAAUGAGAAAGAAAUCACCUAUAGAGAAAUUUAUAAUAUAUUAAAUUCUGGUGGUAGCUGGCCGAAAGCUGAUUGUAUAUUGAUUCUAAGAAACAUGCCUUUUGACAUUCCAAUUAAUGGGUUUAAUUCGCUCUUUAUCAUUUUCAAUAGGUUACGAGAAUAUACUGCUUCAUUUUGCACUAGACUAUUUACAGUGGCCUCACUUGGUACUUGGGGUGAGAUCCCACCUCUAUUUGCUCAACAUGCUGAGAUAUAG